GUUCCAACAAGGAAGGAGGAGAAUUGGCCAGCUUUCGAAUCUCAAGGUCAGAAGCAUUUGCUGAGCUGCUGAGGUAAUGGGAGUAAAAUGGCGCACGCGUACAUUCUCAAUUAUGGGCAUUGGAUCUGUGGCAGAUUAGCUUAGUGAAAAGCGGGGCACAUUCCAAAGGCACGCCAUACGGUACCCAUUCUUAGUAGGAGCUCUUUUUGCCGUUACUUCAGCAGCAUGCUUUAAAAUUGACUCUGAUGAUGUGAUGUUCAGCUGAGCUUAUGAGCUGGAUUAUGCUCUCCCGCCUCUGGAGUUGGACUUUUGUUUGACGCAUUAUUCGUGGGGGCUUCGCCGUAGGGGCAUGAUACAUUGAGCCCGGCAGUCGCUGCUUUAGGGGCAAAAUUUGCAAGGGGAGACCCCGAUCCAAGAACCCCCUAAUUUGCCAGCACUACCCCCCCUAUGAAGCGCAAAAAAGUGGGGGGGCCAAUGAGCUAGGGCGAAAUGCCCUCCCGAGGGAGGAAACGACAGCCGGAGCCCGCCGCACCCCCCCGUGCUCCGGAGCAAAAUGGGCAUACGCAUAGCGAGCCGCUUCUGGAGAAUCGGCUGAGGGGGGGGUCUCAAGUAGACGGCGCUCCCCAGGGGGGGUCGCAAAUGGAGUCAGACAAGGACGGCGGGUCCCCCCGGGAGAGCUCGGGGAAUUCAAAACGGAAGGCGCCGGAACCCCCCAGUAAGAGCGCGAAGGAGUUCCGCUGGGCGCCCCCGCUGUCGCUCAAUUUGUCAAGCGUCGGGAGGGGGGGUAAGCCGAGUCUCAUGGGUGUGGGCUCGUUCGCGGGGGUGGCCGCGCCGUUGCAAACUCCGGCGCCCCCCAUGCCGGUGCUCGAGAGCCCGCACUCGCAGGGCAUGCUGCUCUCCCCCCGGGGUGGUGUGCCGGGAGAUCUCUUCAAGGGGGGGGGCGAAAGUGCGGGGCCGCGGGUCUCUCUGGGGAGCGACAAGCUGCCGCCGAAGUCGCCAGUGUUGCAGGCAAUGAGCAAUGGGCAAGUCAUGCCGCAAGGACCGAGUUUGUCGGGGGGGUCGAAGGGAAGCGCUUUGGGGGGGAGCGGUUUCUUGCACCCGUCGAUGCAAGGCCAAGCGUUGAACCAGUCCAAGGUCGAGUUCCCGCCUCCCCCCAGCCCCAAACCCGCCGCCUCCAACCAGGAGCUCCUCCAACGGAUGCAAAUGCUGCAGCAACAGAACAAGCGGCAGGAGGCCGCGCAACAACACUUUCUGGCCCUGCAACAAAAGAUCCAGCAACAGCAGUUGCAACAACAGAAGAUCCUCCAAAGCCUCCAGAACCCCCCUACCCCAAAACCCGCCAACCCCGCUGCCGCGAUCCUCAGCGCCAGCCUCCUAAACCCGCCUCGAAACGACGCUAACAUGGACCUCCAUGGGGGGGCCUCCGCUAACCCUCUCGCUAACCCGUCACUAACCCGGAGCCGCUCGAGCAACUCGCACACGACCGGGGGGGGUCCCGCGCAGCCCAACUCGGUCCCCCUCUACAUCUCGCAAGCCGACAAGCUACCCCCCCGGAACGCGGGGUCAUGCGUCCGGCGGCUUAUGCAGUACAUGUAUCAUCAGCGAAAGCGCUCGGCGGACAACAGCAUCGAGUUUUGGCGCGAAUUUGUGGCGGAGUAUUUCGCGCCCGGGGCGAAGAAGCGGUGGUGCGUCUCGUGUUACAGUCACAACGGGCGGUCGCCAGCUGGCGUGUUCCCGCAGGAGGUGUGGCACUGCGAGCUGUGCGGGGCGGACCCGGGACGGGGGUUUGAGACGACACGGGAGGUCCUCCCGCGGCUCUUCCAAGUCAAGUACGACAGCGGCGUACAGGAAGAGCUGCUCUAUGUUGACAUCCCGAACGAGUACAUGCUCGCGUCGGGGGUGCACGUUCUGGAGUACCACCGAGUGGUUCAGGAGUCGGUGUUUGAGCAGCUGCGGGUUGUGCGCCAGGGGCAGCUGCGGAUCGUGUUUUCGACAGACGUCAAGAUUCUGUCGUGGGAAUUCUGCGCGCACGGGCACGAGGAGCACGUCCCGCGCCGGGCGCUCCUCUCGCAGGCCGCCGAGCUGGCGUUCCUGGGCGCGAAGCUGCAGGGCGAGGUGCGCACGCCGGAGGAUCUGCAGGCGCACUGCAGUGCGUUGGCCGCAGUUACAAAGCAGCUGGCUUUGAACUUGGAGCAGCCAACAGUGAACGACCUGGGGUUCACCAAGCGCUACGUGCGCUGCCUGCAGAUCUCCGAAGUGGUCGACAACAUGAAGGACCUGAUUUCCUUCAACCGGGAGACCGGCCUGGGCCCCGUCGCGAGCCUGCGGGCCUACGCGGCACAGCACGAGAGCGCUCGUCCGGGGGGGUUACAGGGCCUCCGGCAAGGGUCGGCGGAGGGGGGGGAGCAUCCCCCCCCGUUCCGAGACAAAGCGCGCCCGACGCAGUCGCACAGCUUCUCGGCAGGGGAGCCCGACCCCGAGACUGCGUUUCAGCAGUACGUCCAACAAAAGCUCGGCCGCUCGACGCUGCCCGAAGGCCCUGUCGCGCUGCGCACCCCGCUCGGCAACGUGGGCGGCCUCCAGCUGACGCCGUCAACGGGCCUCCCAACAGGGCCCGAAUCUCUUGGGGGGGGGGGCUGAUGGACCAGUUUUCGGCCGCCAGCAU